AUGGCCUCAGAUGACGACGCGGAGCCGAUCUGCCCCCCGCUACCCUGCAUCGCUUGCCCCCCGCGGGUGCAGCAGGUGAUGUCGCGGGUGCUGCGGGCGGCCUCCUGCGUCGAGGGCACGGAGGUCCGGGUCUUUGGCUCCUCAGUGAACGGCUUCGGGGAUGGCAGCUCCGAUGUGGACGUGGUGCUCUCUGCGGGCAAGGCCCAGCUGGUGGCGGGCCUGCAAUUGGGCAAGUGCAAGCGCAAGGACCUAGCGGCCCAAACCCUGCGGAAGCUCCAGCGGCUGUUGAAGCAGUGCGGCUUCCACAUUGAUCUUUUGAUCGCUCGCGCCAAAGUGCCAAUCAUCAAAAUGAGCCUGGACUGUGACGGCGACUACAUCGAGUGUGACUUGUCGGUCAACAACCUGUUGCCGGUCUUCAACACCAAGCUGUUGAGGUGCUACGCAGACCUCGACCCGCGUGUGGUGGAUGUGGUCCAGGAAUGCAAGCGCUGGGCAAAGGAGCAACAGGUGCAUGGGGCAGACCGUGGCAACCUCUCCUCCUACGCCUUCACGCUUCUGGUCAUCUUCUACAUGCAGAUCCGCGGGGCCCUGCCCUGUCUGCAGUCGGACGGAAAGCCCUCCUGGUACUCGGAGGGCGCACGGCGCUUCAACGUGGCCAUGGUGGAAGCGGCUCCCAUCCCCUCCCCAGCGGCGGUGAGCUUUGCGGACUUUGUGUUUUUCUACUCGGAGGAGUUCCAGUGGGGGGACUGCGUGGUUUCCGUCCGCACCGGACGCUGCGAUCCGCCAGAGAAGUAUCCCGACUUAAAGAUUAAGGCCAGAACCGGCGUCGAGAAAGAGGAGUUGGACUACUUCCUGCACAUAGAGGACCCCUUUGACAUCCAGCGGAACCUGAGUUGUGUGUUGGGCCCAGGCAGCAAUUAUUCUCUUUGGGAGGCGUUGCGGUCCUUCAAAACAAAGGCUGCUCGCAAUCAGAGGCGCUGGGUUGGGCGCAUGGGUCCCCGCUCUGCUGCCUGA